AUGCUGCAUUGUCAGCGAUGCGGAGAAAAGUUCAAUGAACUGGAUAGCAUUCAUCGCUUCGCCCAAGGUGUUUGUUACCAUCGCUCGUGUCUCGUUUGCAUCGUUUGCUCGCGGCAUUUAACAAGUGGUGAUGCCUUCACCGUGUACAACGGUGAUAUCUAUUGUGUGGCACAUCGAAUUCCUGACGGAACCAAACAGACAAUAUGUUGGAGAUACGCGCUACCGCCUGACCCAUCAAACAUCAUGACAACCGACGCCAAUCCCUUUUUCAAUGCUAGUACCUCCUGGAGUGCAGAUGACAGUUGGAAACUGUCCAACGAUUGGCUCAGUCUGUUCGCAUCACCGCAAAAAUCUGACUGUACUGCCACCACGGAGGAAAAUCACUCCAGGAUAGCCGGUUUUGCUCGCCUAUUGGCCAGUUCUGAUGACAAAUUACCGCCCACGGAUUGUCGCGAAACGAAUUUCCACACGGUUUUUCAUGAGACCUCUCCACCACCAAUCACUGAGUCGCAUUCGGACGGAGAAGCAAACCAGAAGUUACCAGGAAUAAUGAACUUGAAGCCGACUCCAACAGUCGAAUUCCCUUCGGUAGAAAACCAGCAGAUUUCCCCCCCGUUUGAUCGAAUUGAAACCUACUCGCCAUGUCUGAACACGGGCAGUUUGAACAAUACGAUGAAUCACGAUUUACCGUCAACUCACGACUGGUUUCGUCCUUCUGGGGGCUCAUCAGGUAGACGCACUCCCCGAAUCUCCGUCAACCUUACGUUCAACUUGAACCCAAACUGGACUGUUUUCGAGAAAUACACUCAUUUGCAAAUCAAUUUGGUUUUCACGGGAGGACAUCAUAAACGAGAGAUUCAGUUGACAUCGGCGCACUACAAUACCCGGUCCACUACGGUAACAAUGAGCUAUGAGCCGAAAGAAACGCAAAUGCGAAAACAGCGGAGCACGAUGAAACAACCAAUGAAGCAUGCCAAAGAUGUGCUAGAGAAGAGCAAACGUAUUCGGACCUCGUUCAAACACGAUCAAAUACACACAAUGAAACUGUUUUUCGACAAAAAUCAGAACCCAGAUUCCAAAGAUCUCAAGGAGUUGUCCAUUGCUACCGGACUUUCAAAACGAGUUUUACAGGUCUGGUUUCAAAAUGCACGCGCCAAGUAUCGCCGGUCCAUGCUAUCACCAACCUAUCCGGGGCAAACGGGACAAGGUCUGUUGAUACAUUCUUCACAAGAUCAGCAGUUUGCUCAGAGCCUUUCCAGUAUCUCUGACGUAUUUUCAAGAAAGGUAGUAUCGCCUCCACUCAGCGAAACGACAAAAUCAUUACAACUGAGCCCGAUAGAGCAACCACCGUGGAUGUUUAACGAAACUGUUCGGGUGACGCAUUCGGAUAAUCAGGCCAAAACACCGGUUAGUGGUACAUUCUUCACUGCUCCGGUCCCGAUUCCAAGCCAAUUCCCCGGAUUUUCCACACAGGAGUCAGUUACUUCCAGCUGGAGUCAAAAUUCUGCACUCUCAACCUCAUUCGAUUCCACCAGCACUCCAUCGCCAAUCUCCCAACUAUAUCCGGUGGAUGAACUGGGCGACUUCUGUCCGUUUCUCCUCGAACUCGGCACGAACGAAGAGCGACGCGACCCGUUUUUCCAUUAUCCAGUCUUGCAACCAAAGCACACAUAA